AUGUAUGUAAAAGCAGUUGAAAUUAGUCGGAAAUUUGUUGAAAGUUUUAAGCCAAAAUAUAAAAACUGUCAGUUAUCAUCAUUAACACAUGUUGCUAUAGUUGCACAUUUAUGUGGUUCGAACUCCGGGUCCAAGAAGUUAUUUUUUCGUUUGAAACGGGGUCCAAAUGCGUGUAAACGACAAAAUAAUGCAAAGUCGUUUUUUAGCCGUUCAAACGAUAUACGAACACGUUCCAAGCAUCGAUUAAACGCGUUUCCAUUAUUUUGUCGUUUACAAGCGUUUGAACAGUGUUUCAAACGAGGGAAAAAAAAUCUCAUGGGGAGGGGUGCGAUAUUGUAUUGUAUUGUAUUUGUUGAAGGUGACGACGAUGAUAUAAAUAUUGAUAACACAUUUAUUGAAAAUGCACGUUCAAAAGUUGAUAAAUUAUUCUUUUUACCAUAG